AUGGCGGCGACCGGCCGGGCGGCGCGGGGCUGGGCGCGCUCGCAGCCGUGCGCCCUGGCGCUGGCCGCCGCCCUGGCUGUCUGCGCCUUCUACUACCUGGGCGGUGGCGGCGAGACCUUCUCCAGCGCCACCCGCCGCCUCCGCGCCACGCCGCCAGCUCCGGCCCACCGCCACCCGCAGCGCCCCGGCGGAGGGGAACCGGCGGGAGGAGGCCGGGACCUGCACCUCCUGCUGAUGUUCACCAAGGCGGAGCGGAGCCCGGCGCUGCGUUCCAAGGCGCAGGCUGCGUUGAGGUCCCUGCUGCGGCACGGCCGGCUGGGCGGCGGGGACGCGCUGCACCUCCACCUCGUCACCGACGGCCCCAGCCACGACAUCGGCCUGGGCCUGCUACGGGACCUGCUGCACGGCGCCGCCUUCCGCCACCAGGUUGUAGUCCAUGAUGUGAAUGAGCUGACGGAAAAGCUGUUUCCAAUCGUUGAAGCCAUGCAGAAACACUUCAGUGCUGGAUCAGGGACCUACUAUAGCGACUCCAUCUUCUUCUUGUCGGUUGCAAUGCAUCGCAUCAUGCCCAAAGAAAUAACACAGAUCAUCCAGGUAGACUUGGACCUGAAGUACAAGACCAACAUCCGAGACCUGUUUGAUGAGUUCAACAACUUCCCAGAGGGAGCAGUCAUUGGGAUUGCCAGGGAAAUGCAGCCAGUGUACAGGCACACCUUCUGGCAGUAUCGCCGUGAGAACCCCCAAACCAAAGUGGGGGAUCCCCCUCCUGAUGGGCUGCCCGGCUUCAACAGCGGCGUCCUGCUCCUGAACCUGGAAGCCAUGAGGCAGUCCAAGCUCUACAACCAGCUGCUGGAGCCCGCCAUGGUGCAGAAGCUGACAGAGAAGUACCACUUCAAGGGACACCUCGGGGACCAGGAUUUUUUCACCAUGGUGGGGAUGGAGCACCCAGAGCUCUUCCACGUGCUCGACUGCACGUGGAACCGUCAGCUGUGCACCUGGUGGAGGGAGCACGGAUACAGCGACGUCUUUGACCAGUACUUCCAGUGCGAGGGGGAAGUCAAAAUCUACCACGGCAACUGCAACACCCCCAUCCCCGAGGACUAGGCCACCUGCUGCUCACACAAGCACCAAGCCCUGCAGAGCCAUCGGGGCUACACCAGCAGCCUCUGUGGAAGGGUGACCAGCCCUGCUCCGUUGUAUCCCAGGGGAAAUCCUAGGGAUUCCAAGAGCGUUCAGUAUCCCACUGCCUGUCGCCUCAUCUCUCCAGGAGGAAGCAGUCUGGUAGCUGCAGCAGGACAUCCGCAGUCACCAUGGCUGGACUCAGCCUUGGGACAAGUCCAUGGUACCUGUCUGUGCCACAGGCUGGGGCAUGGAAACAGCCGAGGGGCCAUCAGGUGACCACUGCUUUUGCAGGUGGCAGGGUGCUUCUCCCUGGGUGCUGUGCAGUCUUGCCUUGUCUGAUGAUCAGCAGGAGGCCUCAGCCAGGCAGCUGGGUUUUGUUCAGGCAUUCCUCAGUGGUCCGUCUCUGCACUUCACACAAGAAUGUGUGCCUGGAGAGCAGACACUGUCCUCAGGUCUUUUUCCUUUUGAAGCAUUCCAGAAAGGCAAAAGGGUUUUAAAGACUGAAAAGGUGCUUUAAAUUCUGCUACUUGUAAACAAAA